AUGGAUUACGACUCAGGCAUACCCAGGAUCCCAGAUUACCAGCUUCUGGAACAUCAAUUCCAUCUCACGUUAGAUGUUCCCGCUGAGGAACGUACCAAGACCAUCAAUGCCAUGGUGGAAAUCAUCAAGCAAGAAAACAUGGCUCCUUACUACAAGUACUUGUCUACUCUUGACUUGGGGUUCCCCUUUGAUGAAUCAUUAUACAAUGAGAUGUUGGCUCAUAAUGAAGAGGAAAUCUCCCAAUUGAAGCUGAAAAUCAAGGAAGCUGAAGGUGAAGAAGAAACUGAGUUGGAUGUGGCGGGCACAACUACUAAACUUGCCGAAUACUAUACCAAGAUCAUUGAUCGUAAGAAUGCCACAGAAACUUUCAAAAAAGUGUUGGAAUUGACUAGUGGUACCGGGAACAAGAUUGAUCAUUUAUUGACGCUUGCCCGUAUUGAAUUUUUCUUUAAUGAUUUCCCCCAAGUUGGUAAGCACUUAGAUGCCAUCAAGGGAUUGAUUGAAAAAGGUGGUGAUUGGGAAAGAAGAAAUAGGUUCAAGGCAUACCAAGGUAUAUAUCUCUUGGCCACGAGAAACUUCACUGAAGCCGCUAAAUUACUCAUUGACUCGUUGGCUACUUUCACAUCCACUGAACUUUGUUCAUAUGAUCAAAUUGCUCAAUAUGCUAUUGUUCUGGGAGUUUUAUCUCUAGAUAGGGUUGAUCUCAAGGAGAAGGUUAUUGACUCACCAGAAAUCCUUUCCAUUUACUCAUCAUCACCUGACCUUGAGCCAUUACUUAACUUGACCAAUUGUCUUUACACUUGUCAAUACAAUUACUUAUUCCACCAUCUUCUUGAAUCACACGACCAUCUCCUUAUAACUAACAAGUACCUUCACCGUCAUGCCAGUUAUUUCCUCCGUGAAAUGAGAGCCAAGGCAUAUGGCCAACUUCUUGAAUCGUACAAAUCCCUUUCGAUAAAAUCCAUGGCACAAAGUUUUAAUAUCAGCGAGGAAUUCUUGGAUCAAGAUUUAUGCAAAUUCAUUCCUAAAAAGAAGUUGAACUGUACUAUUGAUAAAGUCAAUGGGAUCAUUGAAACUAAUAGACCUGAUAAUAAGAAUGCCCAAUACCAUUCCUUGAUUAAGGUUGGUGAUGGAUUAUUGACAAAAUUGCAAAAGUAUGGUGCUGCUGUUAAAUUAAGUGGUGCUGAACGUGUUGUAUAA